UAUUGUCACGUGAUUCCGAGGCCUCCGCAUAGCAACUAACACAACUUCCUGUCAUUCUCAUCGUCUAAUAUUUUGUACGUCAAAGGAUAAAAAGGAUGAGUUCAAGUGGAGAAGAGGAAGAGGCAGGGCCGAAUGUAGAUUCUACUGAUCCAGACGAGCGUGUCGCAGCUCGAAGAAUUCGUAUCGGAAGACGAGUUGAAGCAGCGAAACGUGCUGAGCUUGGUGAGGACCCCAAUGAGAAGAAGGAAGUGAAGGAAGAGCUGAGUAAAAGCAGAAAACAGAUUGAACAAAGUCGACUUUUGCUCUCUAAAUUGAACCAAGAUGCAUUUGAGCUUGUCACUAACAUCCGUGUGGCUGGGGAUGCCAGAGAAGCUGCAAGGAGAACAGAAGAGGAGGAGGCGAAGAGAUUGAGGAAGGAAAGACUUGAGCAAGAAGCUAAAACAGGAGCUGAGAAGUUUGAAGAGAUCACUAAAAAAUGGGAAUCAGCAUUACAGAAAGAGAUUCCUCAGGCUUUACAUCAGAUGCUUCGUCAACAGAAACAGAAUUGUGACACUAUUGUUGGUGACAAAAACAAGCUGAUUAACGACUUCCAACAGGAACUGAAGAUCAAGGAUGACCAGUAUGUGAAGGACCUGAAGAAACAAGCAGAGGAUGUGGACCUAAUGAUUGAGAGAAUGGAGGAACAGAUGAAGAAAGUUACAAAAGCUGCACGGAAGCAGCUCAAUGAGACAGAGAUGGCAUUCAAUGCAGAGCGAAAUGAACUGUUGGACUCACAUAAAAAGAAAUGGGAGGAGAGAAUGGAACAUCGCCGUCAGAAGGAAAUUGAUUACAUGAAGGCACGUGAGAAGCGUGUUGAGGAUUAUGAACAGCAAAUCCACACGAUACGAGUUCAGGACGCUGAGGAGUACAAUAUGAUCAAAAUUCGACUGGAAACAGACGUACAGAUCCUUGAGCAGCAGUUACAGCAGAUGAAAGCAACAUACCAGCUUAACCAGGAAAAACUGGAAUACAAUUUUCAAGUUCUGAAGAAGAGAGAUGACGAAAACACAAUUACCAGAUCACAGCAAAAACGAAAGAUAACAAGGUUACAGGAUGUUUUGAACAGCCUGCGCAUCAAACUGGCUAAACAGGAAAAACAGUUCAAGGAUGAAAACCAGCAAUUGACUGAGGAUUACAAGAGAAUCACAGAACAGUUCAGAGAUCUCCAGAGAAAAUCAAGACAUUUCAUGGCUGCUGAUCACAAGAAAUUCCAUGACGUCUGGUGUAUGAAUGAAGACGAGUGUAAGGAGCUUGUGAACGCGAUUCUAGAGGCGGACCAAAUCAUCCACCAACAUCAGCUUGGUCUAGUCUACCAGUCACCAGACAUGAAUUUCCUAGAAAAUGCUGGUCCCAUUGUUAGUGAAGCGACAAAGAGGAAAGGAGUCUCUGCUCAACAAAUUAUACAGGAAGUGAUGUCACAGACAGGGAGUCACAACACAGUAGGAGCAGAUGAAGAGGAUGAAGGUGAAACAGAUGAAAAUGCAGAUGGCAGUCUUCCUCCCGAUCACCAACCAGUCAAGAGCACACUUCUGUCCAAAAUUAACGCCAACACCAUAAAACUUAUCCUGGAGCUGUUAUGUGAUGAGUCGGGAUUUUUAGUGGAGUCCAAACUAAACAAGCUGCUAGCUCCACUGGAAAAAGAUGAACGCUCAUUGAUGAAGUUAGAUGCAAUUUUUAGUGCUCUAGGAAUCGACACAGAAGAAGAUGUCCACCUCCUAGCCAGUUAUUUCAUGCACAUCAAGGGCCGCAAACAGCCACAGGACGAGGAGAAGGACACAGUCAUAGAUGAGCCUUCCCAGACUGAGAUGAGUGGAGAGCUGGAUGAUAUUGACGAGGAGAUUCGGAAACUCACAGGAAAAGAGGGAGACCUUGAAUCUACCAAGAGUGAGACCGUGGAACUGAUCCACCCUAAUGAAGUACUGAAGGCUCUCAGGGCAUUUGUGGAGGAAAACAGGCAACCAACCAAGGAGAAAGGGAAACAGUCACAGUUUAAGAUUGUCUCCCUUGAGGAGCGGGACAGUUCAGAUGAUUCCGACUAUUGGGCAAAGUAUCCAUCUCUUAUCUCUUCACACAAAGAACGACUCUGGGAUGCCUUAUUGGAGGGACUGGAAAAAUACAGCGAGACGCUGACAAGUCGAUCUACACUCAUCAAUGAGACGGACGCACUGCGGCAACAAAAUGCUGAGCUGAGAAUGUUGCUUCACCAAUACGUCAAUUCUAAGGUUAAUGCCGAACUAGAAAUUCCACCCACACGGGUUCUUCAGCUAGAGAUGAACCCAUCUAUGCAGAAAUAGAUAUGGCAACCAGGAAUCAUCUGUGGUCAUGAAAAAACGAUGAGAUGUUUACUGAAAAUGAUGGCUCAUAAAUUGGGAUUAUUUUGUUGUCAGACAUUUCACUGGUUCAUUUAACCAAAUGAAUCUGGAAAGCCAAAGUGAGAAAUUGUAAAUGCAUCUCAAAGCACUAGAAUUUCUAUCAAAAAACAAUGUUGAAUCCUUAUCACCAUUUUAUUCUGAUGUUAUUCCCAACUUUAGGCUACCACGAUAAAAACAGAAAUCAAGCAUGUAAGUGUUGGUAAUUCCUGGAUGUUUUCAGAUUCUAGGAGGCUCGACUGUGAUAAAACAUGGUAUAGUGUGUAUACGUUAUAAAUAUGUAAAAUGUAAAUAAUAUGUAUGAACAUUUAUGUUUAAAAUCAUGAAUAUGAAUUAUUAUUGUAAAUAAACAUGUGAAAAGCA